AUGGGUCGCUUACCGAUCCUUGCGUGCACUAUAGCGACCUUCGGCGCGCUCAUUCUCGGGGAAAGGUGCGCGGACGAGUGCUCGUGCAAAUGGAAAAGCGGUAAGCGCACCGUCGAGUGUGUGGACCGCUCUCUGACUGGCAUUCCGGAUUGGAUCGAUGCGGAAACCCAGGUCCUGGACAUCAGCGGAAAUAAUAUACGGAUUCUGUCGGGACACGCGUUCGUGCGGGUGCACCUGACGAACCUGCAGCGGCUUUACCUGCGGGGAUGCCGUAUCGACCGUAUCGAUGCCAAAGCCCUGGCCGGUCUCACUAACCUAGUGGAGCUGGACCUGAGUAACAAUCUGUUGACCUCGGUGCCGAGCAAGAACUUCGUGGACACCCCGUUCCUAAGGGAUCUGAUCUUGUCCAACAACCCUCUGGAGAGGAUCGCGAUGGAGACCUUCGUGACGACUCCAAACCUGGUGAAGCUGGAUCUGACCAACACUCGGUUGAGGCAGAUCGAGUCUCGGGGGUUCCAGGGCCUGGAGACUCUGGAGAACCUGAAAUUGAGCGGCAACCACCUGAGCACCCUGCAACCCGGCACCUUCGAGCACCUUAAUAAGCUGACGAGCAUCGAGUUACACGACAAUCCCUGGAUCUGCGACUGCCACCUCCGGGAGCUGAAGAUGUGGCUGGUGAAGCACAACCUGCUGACCCUGAUGGCGCCAACGUGCCACGGCCCUGACCAGCUGGUGAAUCGGCUGUUCACAGACCUCUCCAUCGACGAUUUCGCUUGUCGCCCGUUCAUCCUAUCCUCCAGUCGCUACGUAGAAGCCACCAUCGGCGAAAAUGCCAGUAUUUCCUGCAGAGUCAGUGCCGUCCCAGCCGCCAAGAUCAAGUGGUACUGGAACGGCCGGCACCUGACGAACCAUUCGGCCUUCAGCAGUUUCCAGAAAAUCCUGAUCCAAGAGGAGGGUCAGUUCCGCAAACAGAGCACGUUGGUGCUGACGAACGCCCAGGAAACGGACUCCAGCGAGUUCUACUGCGUCGCUGAGAACCGCGCCGGCAGCGUGGAGACUAACUUCACUCUCCACGUGUCCCUGAGAACUGCUGGCAUGUCGACUCUAGGGUCAGGCCAGAUAGCCGGGAUCUCGGCAGCGCUGGUCGUCCUGAUCCUCUUUAUCCUCCUCAUAAUUCUAAUACUCUUCAUCCGUUUGCGAAGGAUGCCGCUGAAGGGCGUGAAAACGGCGACCCCGACAGAGUCUGUUCCUGAGAACGCAGCGUCAUUCGAGGACAUCUCCAACCGAAGCCAGAAGCAGAGAUUCAGCUCGGAGUUGGCUUCCUUUGCGGAGCCCAAACCACCAGUUAGUUUGAACCUGACCCCUUACGUCCAGAAGCCGCAAUCCCUGGUCUACAGUGGCUACGAUGCCAGGCCCCGGUGCGAAAACGACGAGUCCAGGAUGGUCCCAUGCUUCUCGUCCGCGACAUCAUACAAAGCCGUAGAUAAUCCAGACCUCAUCAGGGACACGAGGGACACCGGCGAUGAGGUGGUGUCCUGCAUCACUGAGUAUAGCGGCGUCGACCUGGAAGAGGUCAGGAAGGUGAUAUACCCUGGUAGCGAGUGGUCGGACGGCUGUACGAACGUCACCAUGAAGGAGACCACCCUGACCACCAUGGUGGCGGCCCCAGUGGAUCAGUUCCCACCUGGGGCCAAGCAGAUCCGCGUCUGGCAGAAGGGAGUUCCCAUAUUACCUCCUGUUUCCGCCCUGAAGCGUGUCCUCGGCUCUACGCGCAGCUCUCCUGAUGAGGGGUACCAGGAGGGCACGGGCACCGACGUUUAGAUGGUGCUCUUCGCUGCUGCG